AUGUCUCGACAAAGCGUUCCUUUAGGGAUAGAAGCUUGUCGGAGAGAUAGCAUUCAUUAUGAGAUGAUGCGAAAGCGAUAUCACAACGGCUUCAUUCCAAAUCGAUACCCCGCCGAGAUUCUCAUCCCGUCUUGUGUUGAGGAUGUUGCGGCAGCCAUGAAGAAAGCUUCACAAGCAGGUACGAAAGUUGGCGUCCGUUCAGGAGGGCAUCAAUGGACCGCGUCAGGUAUGCUCCAAGAUGGCAUUCUUCUGGACAUGCAGAACGUCAAUCACGAAAUCAUCUAUGAUGCCAGUACAGAAACAAUCACAUUUGGCCCGAGCUGCAAUGGCCUCGAGAUGUCGAAGGCGAUGCUUGAUAUCGGUCGGUUCUUCCCUCAUGGCCAUACGGGCACUGUGUCACUGGGUGGUUUUCUGGCCGCGGGUGGUCAGGGCUGGUUUUUCCGUGGUUGGGGCCUGACUUGCGAGUCCUGGAUCCUCCAGAUCGAAGUGGUGACGGCGAAUGGGGACAUCCUGAUCUGUAACGGGGAACAGAAUGCCGACCUCUUCUGGGCCGCACGAGGAAGCGGCCAGGGCUUUUUCGCAGUGGUAACCAAAUACUGGGGUCGGACGAUUCCUGCGCGUCAGCUUUACCAGUCGCAGCUUGUCUUCCAUGGAUCGGAUGGAUUUGAAGAGAUAUUGGACUUCCUGAUGCAGGCGAAUGAUGCAACACCGAAGGAGGGCACCGACACCGCAUUGGUAACUUUCUACCCCGACAAGUACAUCCCAUCCGAUAGGGAAGAUAUAAAAGAUCGCUCAAAACUCGUGAUUGCGCUGGCCGCUACCGCCUAUACUGAUAGUCUUGAGUCAGCCCAGAAGAUGCUUGCCGCAUAUAGCGAAGCGAGGGUGCCUGAGCGCUUGAAGAAGUACCUGGCGGCCGCAGAGAAGACGCGGCAUAUAACGUGGGGAGAUCUGUUCAAGGAUCAAGACGGAAUGGUUCCACUUGACAACGGAGAGAGAUGGCAGUGUGGUAGUAUUUUGACCGAUCCAGCCCGGUCUCGAGCCGAGAUCAUCAAGGCCAUCAAGCCAGCCAUGGUUGAUUUGCCAACCCGGCAGUCCACCGGUUGUUUUGUAUUUGCCGACAUCGGUCCAGACGAGAAGCACCAAGCUGCCAGUCUCCCACAAAAGUACUACGUUGCGAGUAUGGUCUGCUGGAAAGAUACACGAGAGGAUGCCAAGAUGCACCAAUGGCUGGCGCAGGUGAACGACGCCAUGAAGCACGUCGCUCUUGGUGUGUACGUGGCCGACUUCAACCUCCAGUUCCCGGUUAAGAAGGUUAUCUCGGAUUCUGCGUUUGCAAGAUACAGUCAAUUGCGCAAGAAGUGGGACCCGAAAUCACUGUUUCAAGGGUUCAGAGGUUUGAAUUCCGAUGCUGGGGAUAGUUUAUGGGUCGCAAAUCCUCGGUUGUAA